AUGGCAUCCACAGAGCUCCGCCUAAAAAGGCACUUCUUCAAGCAGCCGGUCGUGAUCCUUGGUGCCGGCAUUAUAGGAUGCGCCAUUGCAUACAACGUACUCAAGGAGGGUUACUCAGUUGUCCUCGUCGCUGACAAGUUGCCCGGUUGUCAAAGCGUUUACUACCCAUCGCAAUGGGCUGGUGCCUCUUGGCAUUUCUCCAAAGAGGGAUCAAAGGAGGACAAAUAUCUGCAGGCUAUUACGUUCCGCGUAUGGUCAAAAAUGCGGAAUGAAGAUGGCCCGCAGUGUGGAGUCAUGCCCGUACAUACCACUGAGUUCUACGCAACAGGUCCUGCUGGUCGGGCAAGCUUUUGGGCGGAGGGCCUCACCUCGAUCAUAACCAGGACGUCUGCGGAUCGCCAAAUGCCAGACCCAUAUGAGAAGGCGAUCGAGUACGACUCGCUUGUUUUGGACCCCAAUUUCCAUUUGCCCUAUCUAAAGCAGAAGAUCGAACAGAUGGGAGGGCGUUUCCUAGAAAAGAAAGUGCAUUCCUUAGCGGACCUCCAUGCCAUGUUUCCCCAAUCGCGAGUUCUUGUCAAUGCUAGCGGCUGCGGGAGCAAAGACCUGAUCGAUGUCCGAGACGAGAAGUGCUUCUGGGAGCGUGGCCAGAAUAUCUUCUUCAAGACCGACAAGACAGAUGAAGUGCUCAUUGGUCACGCUGCAGCACCUAAGGAGUAUACAUAUGUCAUUCCCAGACCGCUCCAGGGUGGUGUGAUCUUGGGAGGCGUCAAACAGCCUGGAAACUUGUAA